AUGGGAUUUCAGCCCUCGACCUACUACGACCGUAACCGCCAAUCACCGGCCCUCAUCAGGGCGCGGCGGCCCUACCUGGUCAAGAACGCCAUCACGGGGCUCGCCAUAUCCGCCUUUGCCAUUGGCAUCUAUGCCUACACUCUCCACGCCAUCGGCCAGGACGAAUUCGAGGAUGUCAAGGUUCCCGAUGUGCCGGCGAAACCCAACUCCCAGACGGCGAAGAACUGA